UUCCAGGUUGUUUGUUUGGAGUCAGGCCCCAGCGCUUUCCUCUCGACCUUGAUACCGGACUGGAGCAGAAACUGGUCCCGGCUACUGUCACUUACACCCGUCUGUCACCCUCGGCAUCUCCUUGAAGGGCUUUGGAAGCAUCCGAGAACCUCUUCGCUCUUCUGCUACCUUCUCCGUUGAAAGGCUUGCUCUUUAAAGAGACCCAGGAUUCUAUCCGCCGAAUUGAGCAGCCCGGCGAUCUCUUCCCCAACCAGCUCCACCGGAAAACCGCCGUCUACCGUUGCCCCUGGCAGCUUCACCCACACCGCCCAUUGCGUCCCCAUUGCUUUUAAGGGGACUAAAGCGGAAAUUCUCAUCCCAUUUGAGCCUCACAGCUUCCCAUCCCAUCAUAAUGGCCGCUUCAGUCGAGACAUCCCAAUACGAGCGCGACCUCCGGUCCGCCCGGAAGGAAUGGAAGCGCACCAAAGACUCUGCCGUCAAGUGGUCCCGAGGGACCCGCCAUCUCGCGGGGAUCCGGUACAAUCUCCAAGGUGACCUCGUCGACGGCGUUACCGCACCAGUUUGCCAGCUAUCCAAGUUCAGGCCAGAGAAGAAGUUCAGCGAGAGCCACCAUCUCCCAAAACACACUCCCAACCUCGUGAAAAUGCGCUCCCUACACCACACACCCCUCUCACGCAAGGCGGCCAAGCUACAUGCCCUUUCCGAGAUCCAAGCCGGAGACCACGGUGACGCCUCGCCAGCCUCAUCUCCCAGCCUGUCCCGUACCCUCUCGGCCUCGGCAGCGGCAGAUGCGGGCGUGCUGUACAGCUUUGACCGCACCGACUCCCCUGGCGUACCACUCACCCUGGAGGUGUUUGUCAAGAAGACCACGUGGCGGGAGACCGAGAAGCUCGUGGAGAGGGAGUAUGAGGUGCUGGAUGGGAACGGCGAGGCGUUGAGAGGCCGUAGGGCCAGGGCGUUGCUGAGAAGAGGCGGGACAACCGGGGAAGGCGGGAAGGAGCCCGGUGGGGACGAGGAGCAAGGCCUGGAGGAUGAUGGGUUUGAGCUGGUUUGAAGCCAUCCCGAUCUUCUCACCUGCGCCACAACAUUCUUUUCUCCUUCGACCUCGGCUCCUGUUUGUUCGCUUCGUUUCUCCUCUCCUUCGGAUCCUAGAAGCAUAUUAGUACUGUUACUAUAUCCUUAUCUUUUGAUCGGGUAGGCUACGGAAGCCUCUAGAUUUGGGCAGAACGGGAACGGCUCCACAGCACGGAGGUCGCUGACCUUGUUUGUCCCC